UUUACUGCUGAAGGAUGUCGCAAUGUUGUAGCUCAAGUAGCGCCGUUUGACAGUGUGUGGUUUUUUUAAUCAUUUACCGUGUUGCGUUCAGGUACACAACGUAACCCAUACAUAGUGCUGCGUUUAAGUGUUUAUCUGGUGAAAUGUAACCGUCAGUUACACCAGUCGUGAUUCCCCCGGUCGUUGUCGCAGCCUGUCGGUGUGUGAAGUUGUUGUCAGUCCGAAGACAAGUCACUCUGGUUUAAUAAUCUCGUCAACUUCGCGGCCCCGUCGUUCAUUGUGUGUUUAACGAGUGUUUGACUUCUGUGUCACGAUAUUAUUUCAUUACACAAAAGCAGAGGGCGAGGAACGUGAAGAAGAAAAAAAAAAGAGAAAAAAAAAAUGGCCCGGGGUUGUGUUGUGUCACAACCAGGAUCUGUGACGUGGUUGCACGUACACAGGGAGGGUUGGGGAAAGGGAAGGCGGUGACUGACAGCGAGAAAAAGGUUCCUCCUCGUUCACAUUCACAGAAUAAAUGAAGUACGCCGUGGGUGCAGUACGUGUGUGAGUGUGUGUUUGUGUCGGUGAACGGCUGAAUGUGCACCUUUGAAAUAUCCAGGGUAAACAGGAUGAUCAGUCACUCCCCGUGAUCCUCGGCUGUGAGUCGGUUCUUAAAGGACCCGCACCUUUCGACGGAAAGAGUUUCGGGAUUAUUUAUUUUUUAAAGAACUUUUCCUUUUUUUUUCUUUUCUUUUUUUUUCCAAAUCUCCGAUUCAUACGCUAAGAAUUUAGCUUUACGUUUGUCCUGGUUUACUUGUUCUACUCACAGCAGCAGCAGAAACAUGGCACUUCUGAUUCAAGGUCUGACUAACGGACUGGCCAACGGAGUGAUGGCUCAGUUCCAGGAAAUGAUGCGCCAGCAGCUGGAGACCCUCAUGUACACCGAGCUGGAGAAGCUGCUGGACAACACCACUGAGGCCGAGAAAGAGGUGUACGAGAAAGACUUCGAUGGCUUCAAGAACCUUUUCCACAGAUUUCUGCAGGUGAAGGGGCCUUCGGUGGAGUGGAUCAAGAUCAAGAGACCUCCCGAGGACUCGAUUCAACCGUAUGAAAAGAUCGCAGCGCGGGGUCUGCCCGACAACAUGGCCGAGUCCCUGAACAAGUUGGUGGUGGUGAAGUUGAACGGAGGCCUCGGCACCAGCAUGGGAUGCAAGGGUCCCAAGAGUCUGAUCAGUGUCCGGAAUGAGAACACCUUCCUGGACCUCACGGUGCAGCAGAUAGAGCACCUGAACAAGACGUACAACACAGACGUCCCCCUGGUCCUCAUGAACUCUUUCAACACAGACGAAGAUACAAAGAAGACACUGCAGAAGUACACACACCACCGUGUCAAGAUACACACUUUCAACCAGAGCAGGUACCCCCGCAUUAACAAGGAGUCCCUCCUCCCCAUGGCCACAAACCUGAGCACAAGCGGCCAUAACACAGAGGGCUGGUACCCUCCAGGCCACGGCGACAUCUACGCCAGCUUCUACAACUCCGGCCUGUUGGAUCAGCUGAUCAAACAGGGGAAGGAGUACAUCUUUGUGUCCAACAUCGACAACCUGGGGGCUACUGUCGACCUCAACAUCCUGCACCACCUGACCAGCCAGCCCAACGGCAAGCGAUGCGAGUUCAUCAUGGAGGUGACGGACAAGACGCGCGCUGAUGUGAAGGGUGGCACUCUGAUCCAGUACGACGGAAAACUGCGACUGCUGGAAAUCGCCCAGGUCCCCAAGGCACACGUGGACGAAUUCAAAUCAGUGUCAAAGUUCAAAAUCUUCAACACCAACAACCUGUGGAUCUCUCUGGCUGCAAUCAAGAGGCUGCAGGAACAGAAGGCCAUGGACUUGGAGAUUAUAGUCAACCCCAAGACCCUGGAUGGUGGACAGAACGUCAUCCAGCUGGAGACGGCGGUCGGAGCCGCAAUCAAAUGUUUCGACAACGCCCUGGGAAUAAAUGUACCUCGCAGCCGAUUCCUGCCUGUGAAGACCACGUCAGACCUGCUGCUGGUCAUGUCCAACCUGUACAGCCUGGAGGCGGGCUCUCUCACCAUGAGCCCGAAGAGAGAGUUUCCUACAACGCCUCACGUCAAACUCGGCAGCUCCUUCACCAAGGUUCAGGAGUACCUGAUGCGAUUCGAGAGCAUUCCUGACAUGUUAGAGCUGGACCACCUGACCGUGUCUGGAGAUGUCACGUUUGGGAAAAACGUUUCACUCAAGGGCACCGUCAUCAUCAUCGCCAACCAUGGAGACCGCAUCGACAUUCCCGCCGGCUCCAUGUUGGAGAACAAGAUAGUGUCCGGCAACCUGCGCAUUCUCCUCUACUGAGGCCUUUCUGCCCCCCCUGCCUCCCCUCACACCAAUCAUUAUGUGAUUUAGUUGGCUUUAUCCCAGUCAUGUGACCUUGUUUGUUUGCCUGACAUCAUCUGAUUGUGAGAUGUGUGUGUGUGUGCGUGCAUGUGUGUGAGUGUGCAUGUGUGUGGGCAUCUGUAUGUUUGUGUCAUCAUACAGAGGUAGUUUACAGGGUUGUUGGGAGUACAUUACUGCCCCCUACAGGCUCUUUAAUAAUUCCAUGUGUUUGUGUGUCAUAUAAUGAUAUGAAUGAGAGGAUCCUUGGUAUUGCCUUCCAUCAUGACCUACGAUCGUGACGUAAUUAACUCCAAAAAAUUCAGAUGUUUUUUGCCUAUUUUCUAAUCAAAUGAAGGGGAAAAAAAGUAAAAAAUAUUUUAAUGAACACAGGCUGCAGCAGCAGUUCAAUUAUGGUUCCUCCAGCUGCAACACUUCACCCUGGGGAACAUGGUUCUUCAGAGCAGCAGAGAACGUAGAACCUGAGGAAACAAAGCCCCGGAACCGAGCUGAGCACCGUGGAUUUACCACAACACGGUACCAGGAUCGGUUCCUGCCCAGUUCAUAAUCUUGAUUUGGCUGCGUGUCCUUCAGAUCAGCUUUUAUGAAUCAGUACAGUUUUAUUGGUGAUAACGAACGACAUCAAAGAAGGUCAACAACAGCAUCAAAGACCUAUCACUUUUUCUGCUAAACAAUCUAGGGUUUGAGGCCCUGAUCUGCACCAAAAGACUUGAAAUGAUGUCCCAAAGUAAAAACAUCAACAUUUUUCUUCUUCUUCUUUUUCUAAUGGGAAAGUUGGCUCUGGGUGUCGGUUGUACUUGUAUUAAACCCCAACACGCCUGCAGCACUUGACCGGACCCACAUAUAGAGGGCGCCCGUUUUUCAUGUACAGUCUGACGGUUAGACUCAAGAUGCAUCUGUGGAACCAUGUAGAAAAAAAACCAAACAAACCCUGGAGUGAAGUGUGUGCUGGAGGGUGAACUGUAACGUACUUUUCCUGAAACGGUAAUAUUACUGUAACUUGAACAUCCAAUGGUAGACACCGGAGAAAUCACAUGGACCUGGUACAUGGUGAUAACCGGUGGCUUUGUUGACAAAUUUGGCGGGACUGUGAAUAGGAGCUGACAACUGACGGUCUGUCUGUUCUGCCCUGACGUUUGAAUAUUGUCAUAGUUUAAGUAAGAGUUUAAAUGUACAGCCUCACUGUAUGGGAGAUUAUAAAAUAUAAAUAAUAAUAAUAAUAUUUUGUUUACUUAAGUACGUUUGCUUCAUGUUCUUUUAAAAAAAAAUCACGUGCCUCCGCUGCGGUGUCAGACCACGCCUCUUCCUGUUCCUGUUUCAGUUCCACCCCGUCUUUCGUCCCCCUUCACCUUCUUAAAAAAACCACGAUGAAGUGAAGUGUGAGAAUACUUGACAAGGGUCCAAGAGACACGCGUGGACCAGGAACCUGAAAGCAAUAAGUGUUGAUCUGUGACAGUUGACCAGGUUUCCGCCGCCACAGGGCGAAAAUAAAGUGCAAUAUGAAAUCCUGAUCGA